AUGCUAUUGAAGGCAUCCGCUCAGCUCACCCUCGGCGAUAACUCUACUGGUGUCGAUGUUGACGAAUUUGUCUCGAAAUGCAUCAUGUUCAUGAGGAACGACCAGGCCAACGCUUCUGCUACCUCAACACAACGCCGCAGACAACGGCAGAGUCGUCGUGGCGGCGAUGACGAUGACGAGGAGGAGGACGAAGAUCAGGACCCAAACGAUGUUCUUGACUGGGCCCACCUCGGAACACACGCCUGUUUCCCUUACAACUUGCGACCGCCCGCUCCGAGCUUUCUACUUGGUCCGCUGUCUGUCCAGAAGAAAAUCCGCGCUCAGAUUCAACGUCGUGCUCGCCAACGCAAAGAUUCUACCAUCAAGGAAGUCCGGCCAGAGGCUCUUACUGAACGAGACCUCCAAACCAAUGAGAACAAUGCCUUGACAACACUAUGUCAAAACAUCAAGAAGAUCCUUGACGACCAUUGCGCGACCGCUAUGGCCGCGGUAGAAGCCCUCGGCGAACUAGACGACGACCAAGCAUUAGCAGAGAUGAAGCGACAUCGAAUCACUCCCACAUCUGGACCGAGUCUAUUUGACUUCGCUAUCAACCCCCACAGUUUUGGACAAACUGUGGAAAACAUCUUCUACAUCAGCUUUCUGAUAAAAGAAGGUAACGUCGGUCUAGAGAUGGAUGAUAACGGACUGCCUACCCUGGGUAAGUCGCUUCGACGAGUCUGGCUGAAUAUUGAGUUUCUAAGAGCAUACANNGUACCAUCGAUACCACAAACAGUAGCACAACAGCGUGAAAAGAGCUCCAUGCGGCAUCAAGCUGUCUUCAGCAUAGACUACAGCACCUGGCAGCGCUUGAUACAAGCAUUCAACAUUACUGAACCGCUGAUUCCUCAUCGUGGGACUGGCGGAAAUGGAGCAGCCAUUGGUGCUCGUGGUUGGUACAACGGCUGA